AUGGUUACUGUAGACUUGUUUAAUAAUCUGAAUAGAAAAAAACUAAAAAAGACUAUUAAAUAUACCCCCGCUAUCAAAAAGUUUUGUCUGACACUGAAUUAUUAUGCUCCAAAAGCGUAUGACUACGUGAGACAAACUUUUAAUACAUGUCUUCCCCGUCCUAAGACUCUAUCUAAGUGGUAUGGCCAUAUAAAAGGAGAUCCAGGGUUUACUGAGGAAUCAUUUCAGGCGUUAAAAGCCAAGGCACAACUGAGCCAUCAUCGGCUUAUAUGCUCUUUGAAAUUCGAUGAGGUUGCUAUUAGGCGCCAGAAGAUAUGGGAUGGCAAGAAAUAUAUAGGCUUAGAAGACAUGGGAGCAGGGGCUGAAGAAGGUGCUGGUUUAGCUUCCCAAGCUUUAGUUUUUCUUAUUGUUGGCAUAAACCACCGCUUCAAACUCCCUUUGGGAUACUGUUUAAUCAACUCGUUAACAGGGGAACAGAAAGCAAAUUUGAUCAAAAUUUGUCUCACCAAGUGUUCAGAAUCUGACAUUGACGUGGUUUCUAUGACAUGCGAUGGCCACACAGCGAUUUUGCUACAUUAG